AUGAAAGACGCGACGAAACGCUAUUCGCUUCGCGCGCUGUCGAUCGGCCUCCUCCUCCUCCUCGGCCUCGUUGCCGCGUAUUUCAACCUGAAACUCGCCUGGAACACUCAAACGCUCGCGUCUGCGACAGCAACUGCGUUCCACUGGACAGAGCCCCUCGCGCCGUUCAAUGCCACGGGGGGCGUUGAUGGCAAGAAGAUGCAGUUCAUCAAGACGCUGUACGACAUUGGCCAGAACACGUCCCAGCCACGUGGCAUUGUGAUUCCCGUGUACGAAAAGAUUGUCAAAAUCGCUGCGUCUUUGAUUCUCGAACUCCGGACAAUGGGCGUGGACGAACCCAUUGAGCUGCCGUACUGCGGCGACGUCUCGAUCGAGGCCCAGACGCUGUUGUUGCAAAAGACAGCACUGGGGGAUAUCCGGUUCUACGACGUUUGCGACUUAGCUGCAGCCGCGACGGCCGACAAUGGACCCGACGGACCCGAGAAAGUCUUUUGCCCGAACGUGACGGCCUGUCACACGAAGUUUCGCAACUUUGACAUUAAGGUCGUGGCCGUCGUGUUUUCGCAAUUUGAGGAGCUCAUGUUGGUGGAUGCCGACACGGCCUUCUUUGUCAAGCCCACGGUACUCUGGGACUCGGCAAAGUACAAAGCCACGGGCACGUUGUUCAUGAACGACCGCCACGCGCACGAGAUCUUUUUCAUGGCUGAGCGCAUGCGCGGGAACUCGCGGUUGUCGCGCCAACACGAGUUCAUGGCAAAUUUUGACCCUGUUCCGUUCCGGUUCAUCCCGACGCUCGAGCGGGCGAAAGCUACGCUUCCAAACCCUGUUCCGCUCACGCCCAAGUACGAGCCGAGUGACUACUUGUUUACGAGUCACUCGUGGAAUCUCCGCACUGGUCAUCAGAUGGACUCGUCUCUCUUGUUCUGGAACAAGAAGAAACAGCCGCGAGCUACUGCCAUUCUCGCCUCGUUCAAGGCACUUUGUGAUGUGGGCUCACCGCCGUCUUACGGUGACAAGGAGAUGUACUUUUACGCUGCAGAGUUGGCCGAAACGCAAUACUCGUUUUCUGCCUACACGAUCAGCGGUGUCGGUACGGAUUAUCAAGACCACGGCGAAGGGAAGUCGACUCUCUGUGGCGAUAUGGCGCAGCUCUUUCCGAUCGAGCAGGACCACAUUGAGGAUGUGCCGCUCUUUUACCUCAAUAGUGAUCGCGUCUUGCGCUUCAAGCCGGCAGAGCAAGGUGUGUACUACGUGAAGGCACGGCCGGCGGAUGUUUACCUGGGACCGUUUCCCACAAAACGAAUCGAAUGUCCGUUCAACAUCACUGGGGCCAAGUUCUCCGAAGCUGAAACAAAGCGUUUGAGUGGCCGGCAGCGUCUGCAUGAACUUGUGCUGUCUUGGGGACGAAUUGCACAGCCUGGUCAAAGUGAUGUGAUACUCGAGUCGUUGGAUGCUGCCGUAGACAGUAUGGUGGCUGAGCAGAUGGAAACGAUGAGAAGAGAGUAUCGUCGGGUCAAGGUUCCAAAAUUGUAA